AUGAAAGGGUUAUCGGGCAGCCGCAGCCACCACCACGGGAUCACCUGCGAGUCAGCCUGUGACUCACUGUCACACCACUCGGACCACAAGCCCUACCUGCUGAGCCCCGUGGACCACCACCCUGCGGACCAUCCUUACUACACCCAGCGGAAUUCCUUCCAGGCGGAGUGUGUGGGGCCCUUCAGCGACCCGCUGGCCAGCAGCACCUUCCCACGCAGGCACUACACCUCACAACAGGAGCUGAAGGACGAGAGUGCCCUGGUGCCACGCACACUGGCCACUAAGGCGAACCGCAUCCCCGCCAACCUGCUAGAUCAAUUUGAAAGGCAGCUGCCCCUCAGCCGCGAUGGCUACCACACGCUCCAGUACAAGCGCACCGCUGUGGAGCAUCGAAGCGAUAGCCCGGGCCGCAUCCGACACCUGGUCCACUCGGUCCAGAAGCUCUUCACCAAGUCGCAUUCCUUGGAGGGGCCAUCCAAAGGGAGCGUCAAUGGGGGCAAAGCCAGCCCCGACGAGUCGCAAACUGUGAGAUAUGGCAAGCGCAGCAAGAGCAAGGAGAGGCGGUCAGAGUCCAAGGCCAGAUCCAAUGCCUCCAACGCUUCCCCAACCUCUCCCAGCUGGUGGAGCUCAGAUGACAACCUAGAUGGGGACAUGUGCCUCUACCACACGCCCUCGGGUGUGAUGACCAUGGGCAGGUGCCCUGACCGCUCCGCUUCGCAGUACUUCAUGGAAGCCUACAACACCAUCAGCGAGCAGGCAGUGAAGGCCUCCCGGAGUAACAAUGAUGUCAAGUGCUCCUGUGCCAACCUGCCAGUAGUCAAUCUGGAUGCCCCACUUCUGAAGAAGAGCGCCUGGUCCUCCACUCUCACCGUGAGCAGAGCCCGAGAGGUUUACCAGAAAGCCUCCGUGAACAUGGACCAAGCCAUGGUGAAAUCUGAAGCGUGUCAACAGGAGCGGUCCUGCCAGUACCUACAGGUUCCCCAAGAUGAAUGGACAGGGUACACACCUCGUGGGAAAGAUGAUGAGAUUCCAUGCCGAAGGAUGCGAAGUGGCAGCUACAUCAAAGCCAUGGGGGAUGAGGACAGCGGAGACUCAGACACGAGCCCCAAGCCUUCUCCCAAAGUGGCUGCGCGGAGAGAAAGCUAUCUCAAGGCUACACAGCCCUCCCUCACGGAGCUUACCACACUCAAGAUCUCCAAUGAACACUCACCCAAACUCCAGAUCCGGAGUCACAGUUACCUGAGGGCCGUGAGCGAAGUCUCCAUCAACAGAAGCCUGGACAGCCUGGACCCUGCAGGCUUGCUCACAUCGCCAAAGUUCCGCUCCAGAAAUGAAAGCUACAUGCGCGCCAUGAGCACCAUCAGCCAGGUGAGCGAGAUGGAGGUGAACGGACAGUUCGAAUCCGUGUGUGAGUCUGUGUUCAGCGAGCUGGAGUCGCAGGCUGUGGAAGCUCUGGACCUGCCCAUGCCUGGCUGCUUCCGCAUGCGGAGCCACAGCUAUGUGCGGGCCAUCGAGAAGGGCUGCUCCCAGGACGACGAGUGCGUGUCACUGAGGUCGUCCUCCCCUCCCCGCACAACCACCACAGUGAGGACCAUCCAAAGCAGCACCGGUGUCAUAAAACUGAGUUCUGCCGUUGAAGUGUCAUCUUGCAUUACAACAUAUAAGAAGACACCACCUCCAGUCCCACCCAGAACUACCACGAAACCUUUCAUUUCUAUCACAGCCCAGAGUAGUACAGAGUCUGCGCAGGAUGCCUACAUGGAUGGGCAGGGCCAGCGUGGAGACAUGAUCAGCCAGUCUGGCCUCAGCAACUCCACGGAAAGCCUGGACAGUAUGAAGGCUCUCACGGCCGCCAUCGAGGCCGCCAAUGCCCAGAUCCACGGCCCGGCGAGUCAGCACAUGGGCAGUAAUGCCGCUGCUGCCACUGCCACCACCAUAGCCACUGUCACCACCGAGGACAGGAAGAAAGACUUCAAGAAAAACCGAUGCCUCUCCAUUGGGAUACAGGUGGAUGAUGCCGACGAGCCUGAGAAGCCGGGGGAGAAUAAGGCGCCCAGUAAGUUCCAGUCCGUGGGAGUGCAAGUCGAAGAGGAGAAGUGCUUCCGCAGGUUCACUCGGUCCAACAGUGUGACCACCGCAGUGCAGGCUGACCUGGACUUCCAUGAUAAUCUGGAAAAUUCUCUGGAAUCGAUAGAGGACAAUUCGUGUCCCGGCCCGAUGGCCAGACAGUUCUCCCGGGACGCCAGCACAUCCACUGUCAGCAUCCAGGGUUCAGGAAACCAUUACCACGCCUGCGCGGCCGAUGAUGACUUUGACACGGAUUUUGACCCCUCCAUCCUGCCCCCUCCGGACCCCUGGAUUGACUCUAUCACAGAAGACCCUCUGGAGGCCGUUCAAAGGUCCGUGUGCCACCGGGACGGCCACUGGUUCCUGAAGCUUCUCCAGGCAGAGCGGGACCGCAUGGAAGGCUGGUGCCAACAGAUGGAGAGAGAAGAGCGGGAAAACAACCUCCCGGAGGACAUUCUAGGGAAAAUCCGAACCGCGGUGGGCAGCGCCCAACUUCUCAUGGCGCAGAAAUUCUACCAGUUCAGAGAGCUGUGUGACGAGAACCUGAAUCCCAAUGCUCAUCCAAGACCCACUUCCCAGGAUUUGGCGGGGUUUUGGGACAUGCUGCAGUUGUCCAUAGAAAAUAUUAGUAUGAAAUUUGAUGAACUUCAUCAGUUAAAGGCCAAUAAUUGGAAACAGAUGGAUCCUCUUGACAAGAAGGAGCGAAGGGCCCCUCCUCCAGUGCCAAAGAAGCCGGCGAAGGGCCCCGCGCCGCUGAUCCGGGAGCGCUCGCUGGAGAGCUCGCAGCGCCAGGAGGCCCGCAAGCGCCUGAUGGCUGCCAAGCGCGCCGCGUCGGUCCGCCAGAACUCGGCCACCGAGAGCGCAGAGAGCAUCGAGAUCUACAUCCCCGAGGCGCAGACCCGGCUCUGA